AUGGAGAAGCAGAAGAUCCUGUACCAGCAGGCGCGACUUCACGCUCGUGGAGCCGCAGAGAUGGUUCUGCAGAUGAUCAGUGCCAGUAAAGGUCGACUCGGGCCGAUGGUGACCUGCACCCUCAAACUGGGGAUCGCCAUCUUAAAUGGCGGCAACGUGCACGUCCAGCAGAAAAUGCUCGAUUAUUUGAAAGAAAAGCGAGACGCUGGCUUUUUCAAGAGUCUCUCAGGACUCAUGCAGUCAUGCAGUGUCCUAGACCUGAACGCCUUCGAGAGGCAGAAUAAAGCAGAAGGACUGGGGAUGGUGACAGAGGAAGGUUCAAUCCACACUCAGCGGGGUUCUAAAGUGUUACAAAACGAUGACUUUACCAAAGACUUGUUCCGGUUUUUGCAACUUCUGUGUGAAGGGCACAACGGAGAUUUCCAGAAUUUCCUGAGAACACAAACGGGAAACACUACGACUGUCAAUAUAAUCAUCAGCACCGUGGACUACCUGCUGCGGCUCCAGGAAUCCAUCAGUGACUUCUACUGGUACUACUCUGGGAAAGACGUCAUUGACGACACUGGAAGACUCAACUUCUCCAAAGCUCUGGAUGUGGCCAAACAGAUCUUCAACUCACUCACAGAAUACAUACAGGGUCCGUGCAUCGGGAACCAGCAGAGCUUGGCCCACAGCCGACUGUGGGACGCAGUAGUGGGCUUCUUACAUGUGUUCGCCAACCUCCAAAUGAAGCUGUCUCAGGAUUCCAGUCAGAUUGAGCUGCUGAAGGAGCUGAUGGAUUUACAAAAGGACAUGGUGGUCAUGCUGCUGUCUCUGCUUGAAGGCAACGUGGUGAAUGGAACGAUCGGAAAGCAGAUGGUGGACACACUGGUGGAGUCUUCCAGCAACGUGGAAAUGAUCCUGAAGUUCUUCGACAUGUUCCUGAAGCUAAAGGACUUAACCACGUCUGAGAACUUCAGGGAGUACGACCCGGAUUGCAAGGGCCUCAUCUCACAGAAGGAGUUUCAGAAGUCCAUGGAGAGCCAGAAGCAGUACAGCAGCGCAGAGAUCGAGUUCCUGCUGUCCUGCGCCGAGGUAGACGAGAACGACAUGUUUAACUACAAGGAGUUCGUGGAGCGUUUCCAUGAACCCGCCAAAGAGAUUGGCUUCAACGUGGCAGUUCUGCUGACCAACCUCUCGGAGCACAUGCCACAUGACUCACGCCUGGGCAGCUUCCUGGACGUGGCAGAGAGCCUGCUCGGGUACUUUGAGCCGUACCUGGGCCGCAUCGAGAUCAUGGGCAGCGCCAAACGCAUCGAGAGGGUCUACUUCGAGAUCAGCGAGUCGAGCCGAGAGCAGUGGGAGAAGCCCCAGGUCAAAGAGUCCAAGCGGCAGUUCAUCUUCGACGUGGUGAACGAGGGCGGCGAGAGCGAGAAGAUGGAGAUGUUCGUCAACUUCUGCGAGGACACCAUUUUUGAGAUGCAGCUGGCCUCUCAGAUCUCCGACCCUGAGGAGGUGGAGCAGGCCGAGGAGGAGGAAGAGGAGGAGGCCUACAGCUUCUUGGAGGAGCGCUCGGACGAGGAGGUAGAGUCCGUGUCGGCGUUCACCAGCGCCUGCCGCUCCGUCAAAGCCAAGAUCGCUGGUGUGCGCCAAAUGCUGUCACUCAAAAGCCUGCGCAAACAGUUUAAAAAGGCCCGAAAGCUGAGCAUCCGAGAGGUGAUCACCGGCUUCUUCUCCUUCUUCUGGAUGCUCUUCAUUGGUUUCUUCAAGGGAAUCUUCGGCCUCAUCUUCGGCUUCUUCCACCUCAUCUGGUCGUCCAUGUUUGGCGGCGGCCUGGUGGAGGGAGCCAAAAACAUCAAGGUGACUGACAUUCUUGGGAAUAUGCCGGACCCCACCCAGUUCGGUAUCCAUGGCGACGUCAUGGAAGGGGAGAAGGUGGAAGCGCUGGAGUCCAGUGGCAGCUUGGACACAGCGAUGGUCCCGACUGGAGAGGUGGGGGAAGCCGACUUGAUGAUGGAGCUGCUGGGGUCCAAAAAGGAAGGAGGAGGGAAGCACGUGGAGCCCGGUCUGGGAGAUAUGUCCGACCCGGGUGAAGCAUCAGGCGCUGAUGCCAAGAAGAAACCAGUCGUGACCAAGGAGAGCGAGCAAGAGAAAGCAGAAACUGAGAACCAAGAGAAAGGGGACAAACCAAAGCAGGAGGAGUCUAAGGAGCCAGAGACAGAAGAGAAGCCUAAGCCCAAGACCAGUGAGAGCGACGAGUCCUCUCCUGCCUUCAUGUCCAGUGUGUUUGCUGUCCUGGACAUCUACUUGACCAAAAUUGUGAACUACUUGGCUCGUAACUUCUACAACCUCCGCUUCCUGGCCCUGUUCGUCUGCUUUGCCAUCAACUUCAUUCUGCUCUUCUACAAGGUGACUGGGGAGCCUGAGGAGGAGGCGCCUGAGGAGAGCGGCUGGGGAGGUGAAGAGGAGGAAGAGGAUGAUGAGGAUACUCUGUUCGACAUGGAUGAGUUUGUGCUUCAGGAGAGCACGGGCUACAUGUUACCCGCUCUGCGCUUCCUGGCCGUCUUCCACACGGUCAUCUCCCUGGUCUGUGUGCUGGGGUACUACUGCCUCAAGGUGCCUCUGGUGGUGUUUAAAAGAGAGAAGGAGAUCGCCCGUAAACUGGAGUUUGACGGGCUGUACAUCACAGAGCAGCCCUCGGACGACGACAUCAAGGGUCAGUGGGAUCGUCUGGUCAUCAACACUCCGUCUUUCCCUAAUAACUACUGGGAUAAGUUCAUAAAAAGAAAGGUGAUCAACAAGUACGGGUACCUGUAUGGAGCAGAGCGUAUCGCGGAGCUGCUUGGGCUGGACAAGAGUGCUCUGGACUUCGACCCCACUGUGGAGACGGAGGAGCGGGAGGCCUCGCUCAUGUCCUGGCUGAGCUCCAUCGACACCAAGUACCACAUCUGGAAGAUGGGUGUUGUUCUGACGGAUAAUUUCUUCCUGUACCUCAUCUGGUACACCACCAUGUCCUUCUUCGGACACUGCAAUAACUUCUUCUUCGCGGCUCACCUGCUGGACAUCGCCAUGGGCAUCAAGACGCUGCGCACCAUCCUGUCCUCGGUCACACACAACGGCAAACAGCUGGUGCUGACCGUGGGGCUGCUGGCCGUGGUGGUCUACCUCUACACUGUGGUGGCCUUCAACUUCUUCAGGAAGUUCUACAACAAGAGCGAGGACGAGGACGAGCCGGACAUGAAGUGUGACGACAUGAUGACGUGCUACCUGUUCCACAUGUACGUGGGGGUGCGAGCCGGGGGGGGCAUCGGGGACGAGCUGGAGGACCCUGCUGGAGACCCCUACGAACUUUACCGCAUCCUCUUCGACAUCACCUUCUUCUUCUUCGUCAUCGUCAUCCUCCUCGCCAUCAUUCAGGGUUUGAUCAUCGAUGCCUUCGGGGAGCUGAGGGACCAGCAGGAGCAGGUUAAGGAGGACAUGGAGACCAAGUGCUUCAUCUGUGGCAUCGGGAACGACUACUUUGACCGGACGCCACACGGUUUUGAAACCCACACGUUACAAGAACACAACCUCGCCAACUACCUGUUCUUCCUCAUGUACCUGAUCAACAAGGACGAGACGGAGCACACAGGACAGGAGUCCUACGUGUGGAAGAUGUACCAGGAGAGAUGCUGGGACUUCUUCCCGGCCGGAGACUGCUUCAGGAAACAAUAUGAAGACCAGCUGGGCUAA